AGUCUAUAACGUCCUACGCCAACAAAAGAACCCGUGUCCAAAGUUCUCGUUGUGUCUGAGCCAGUGCCUCUCUCUGUUCAGUGUCUGGAAUUGAUGCGCAUGCGUCGUGAACAUCUCCGCGACACAACAGCAUCGCGACACGAUAGUAUCGAGUUGCUUUCGCCCUACUGCAGUACAACACCAUGACAGUGAAGCUCACGGUCGUGUUCGAAACGUUUUCUUCAACAUGUCCAACGCUUUAAAGUCGAGCAAAGAAUCAUCACGAGGGCAUUUGCACUCGAUUUUCUAAGACCUCCAAGUGCAUCGUCCAGUAGCGUGAACGAUAGUGUCACACGUAAUUUCACGCACUGUGUGCCCAUGUCGGGAAAUCUAAAAUUAGUCCAGUUCCAGAAGAAGAAAAAGAGAAAGCAAAGACAUCCCAUCUGGUAGAUAACUUGGCAAGAUAACAUACACGCAGGCGAAAAUGACGGAUAAAUUCCAUACACCUUCCAGCCGGAGCCCAGACAUUGACGCUGGAUGGGCUUGGGUAAUUGCUGUGGCUUCCAUUUUUGCGGCUGCGAUAUCGUCGGGAGUCUAUUUUACGUUCAGCAUGUAUUUCCCCAUACUUCUGAACGAAUUUCAAGCAUCACGCGCUGCAACCGCCUGGGUCGGAUCGCUCAAUAAUGGCGUGUACAUGUUAGCAGGUCCGAUAGCUACGUUAUUCAUACAGAGAAUUGGCUGUCGCUGGACGGUUAUGAUCGGUGGGAUGACAUCAAUGAUUGGCUUAGCCUUAAGCAGCUUAGCACCUAAUCUUAUAACGCUCUUUUUUACAUACGGUGGGAUUACAGCAUUCGGACUGUGUCUGAAUUACACGUCGUGGAUCGUUGCCAUCUCGGACAGUUUCAAUAAGAAACACGCAGUUGCGUUCUCACUGAGCCAAUCGGGUGUUGGAUUGGGCAUAUUCGUGUUUGGUCCGCUCUUCAGUUUGCUCAUCAGCAUUUACGGAUGGAGAGGUGCGAUGCUCAUCACGGGCGCCUGCACGUUCCAGCUGACAUUUUUGGGCGCAUUGAUAUUCCCGCCGAGAGUCGCAAAAGAAAUGAUCAGCUGCGAAGGCUUGCCACUCACGAACGCUUGCACCGACGAAGAAAUUAAGACGAUAUUAAAUACUCUUAACACGGAAAUCCCUUCGCCUGACGGCCAUGCCACCACCGUGCCGUCAAAGUGGAUGACUCAUUGCUCUUGGAUGCUUCAUCUCAGCUGCUUCUUAUGGUCUGUGGCUACGUCGAUACCGUACAUUCUACUGGCAGAUUAUGCGCGUUCUCUCGAUCUCGUCGAAUAUUAUAUCAUUAUGCUGAGCACGAUGGGAAUAGGUGAUCUCGUGUGCCGUUUAGUUAUCGGCCCACUCGUUACAGUCUGGAAGUUGGACGUAACGAAAGUGUACGCCGUUUCUCAGCUGGUGUGUGCCAUUACAAUCGCUUCAUUUCCAAUCGUUGUUAACGGGAUCCAAAUGAUUAUCCAAGGUUUUUUAUUCAGCAUCACGUUCGGCUGUCAGUGUUUAUUGCUUGCUCUCGUACCGCGCGCUCUAUUUGGAAGCCAAAAUUUGAAUCGCAUUUUUGGAAUUACAAUGUUUUUUGGAGGUAUUGGAAUCCUCAUCGGACCGCCAAUCGCAGGAUUGUUAGUGGACAGUACGCCGGGGAGGUCGUACUGGGUGGCGUUUGUUUUUGCAUCUGUUAUGGAACUGUUAGCAACAGCGGCUACGGUUGGUUGUCUCUUCUUUGCCAAACGAAAAUGUUAAACUCCCUUUCAGCAAUAAUUUCCAAUUUUUUUAAAUUUAUUUUUUAUUAUUAAAUUUUUGCAUGAAAUGUGGAAGACACACUUUUGAAAAUAGAUACGUUUUAUUCAAA